AAAGCUCUGGUUUUAUCGGUGUGAUGAGUGCGAUUUUGAUGCUCAUCCCGAUUGCGUUCUUGGAGAUUACCCAUUCAUCAAGCGCGGGAGCAUUUCUUAUUAUCAUAAUAGAUGUGAUUGUCAUCAAGAACCUCUCAUGUAUUCCCAGAGUGAGAAAUAUCCCUAUCCGAAAUGUCAUCGGUGUGGCGAUCCUUGCAAAGAUCAGCUGGCUCUUAAAUGUCCCCACUCUGAAUGCGACUUUGCCAGACAUUAUGUUUGGUGUCUCGCUUGACAACCUCAACAUAUGGAGGCAGUAACGGCGUGCACUGUAAAGGAUACAGGAAACUCAGACCAAAUUGGUAAUUCUCCAAUUAUUAUUAUUAUUAUUAUUUUUAAAUUCGAUAGCGUGAUUUAAAUCUCUCAUUUCCAUGUCAUAAAUUGUUUUGCCAAAAUUCAAACACUAAUGAAAUUAGGUUAAAUAC